UAGUACCACACAAGGCAGCAAUAUAGCGGUGUGUGCACAGUUGUUAGUGGUGUGGUCGUAAAACGAUCGAGUUGAUCGGCUGUGAGGCUGAGCUGUGAGGUUUCGUUCCUAUUCUGUACACGAAAGCACGGCGCUUUUUUGUUUGUCCAGCUCUCGAAAGUGCAUGUGAAGUUCGAUUAAAGCCGCAUUGGUAAAAGUGUCACCUCGAGCAUCGUCACAUCGUCAGUUUUAUUAUUCGCGUCGUCGUGACUGGCCGCUCGCAGCUCUCGGCAUCGUCGUCAAAGGGUAUACGUUCACGAACGACGCGUCUUUCCUCCCCCUCUGCCCCUCUGUCCGCACCCCCGCAGGUCAGUUCGGAGUGGUUCGGAGGCAGAAGAGAACAGUGGCUGUUAGGUAGUGGACGAACCACGAGCAGCGCGUGUUAAGCUCGCACAAAAGUAGUUCUUUCUGUACAUCCGUGUAUUGAGAGACGCACAGAUACACCGAGCAGCGGUAUUGGCCUGUGAGCUCGGAACUCGAAAGUGAAAAAGAAAGAGAAAGAGGAAAAGAAGCAGUCGGGCAGUUGUUCGCUGCGAGUAUCAGCGAGGCCACAUACGUACAGAGAAGGUACAUUCAUACUAAAGCGCCAACAUGAGCUGGCAGGAUUACGUCGACAAGCAGCUGCUCGCCACGAAAUGCAUAACCAAAGCAGCCAUCGCCGGACACGACGGCAACGUCUGGGCGAAAUCCGAGGGCUUCGAUGUGAGCAAAGAAGAGAUCAAAUUUAUCGUUGACAACUUCGAAAAGCCAGAAAAAACGACAAUAACGUCAAAAGGGGUGACUCUGGCGGGUAAAAAGUAUUUCUAUCUGUCAUGUAUCGAUAACAAAGUGAUAAGGGCAAAAAAGGACAAGACCGGCGUGCACUGCGUGAAAACGCAGCAGGCGGUCGUCGUGUCACUCUACGAAGAGCCGGUACAAGCACAGCAGGCCGCCAGCAUUGUCGAAAAAUUGGGCGACUACCUCGUAACCUGCGGCUAUUAGUGAGAGGUGCACACGAUCCAAUGAGAAGAGAACGCUGGCGCUCAUUGCUUACUAUACCGUCACGAAAACCGAGGAGAGAUGCCCUAAUGCGUAAUUCUCGGUUCUCUUUCGAUUGAAUCUAUAUACGGACUCUGAUGCGUGCGCUGGGGACGUGUGGACAAUAUGGAUAUGUUUCAAGGAUAUAAUGAAUUAAACACGCACGCUCGCAGGAAAAUAAAGAAGAAACAUUCUUUAUCGACACCCAUGCAAAAUGAGAGACUGUUGGAUUUUAGUGUGCUCUAAAAUGCCUGGCGCAACUAUUCUUU